AUGGAAGAGCUUCCGGAUUGCAAAGAGCAUGGUGAUGCACUUAUUAUUUGCACAUCUGGUACAACUGGUCGACACAAAGCUGUAGUUCAUUCUUUUCGAAGCUUGUCAACUAGCAUUCGUGCUUUUAGUCAAUGGGACCUUCAUGUGUACACUAGUCAAGAUCAGGUGCUACAGAUUGCGGCGUGUUCAUGGAUUUUACAUAUAUCCGAAAUCAUGUUACCACUAGUUGUUGGUGGCACACUUGUGUUACUAAGACCAAAUGGUCAUUUUGAUAUGGACUAUUUUUGUCGAACUCUGAUACAACAACAAGUGACAACAAUUACAAUUGGUCCCGGAAUAAUUCGAGCUCUUACCACUUACCUUGAGAACACCCAACGGCUAGCUACUUUGAAGUUUUUACGCAAUGUGAUCACAGUAGGCGAAGCCAUGAAGCCUCAACAACUAGUGAAGUUAGUCGGUGUGUUACACUCGUUUGAUAUCAAAGUAUGUACUCUGUAUGGUAUGACUGAAUGUAAUGGGGCUCUGGGCUGUCGACUAUUCAGUUUCGAUAAUGGAGUUGUACCUAUGGGCCAUCCACUUCCUGGCUAUCGAUGUUUACUCAUCGACAAACAAGGCCAGAUCAUACACAGUACGAAUAGAUCUAGUGAAAUUGGUCAACUGCAUAUAGGAGGAUCAGCCCUAUUUAAUCGUUACUUCAAUGAUCCAGAGCGAACUAACAAUAUGUUCGUCACUGUUGAUAACCAGAUUUAUAUGAAAACAGGUGACUUAGCUCGAUAUAAUGAACGAGGUGAACUGGUACAUGCUGGACGUAUUGAUUUCCAGGUCAAAGUGCAUGGUCAAAGAGUAGAAACAACUGAAAUUGAAAGUACAAUUAUCACUUGGUCUUCUGACAAGAUCUCUAACUGUCUUGUCACCAAAGCUCCACAGAACGAUGAUCUUCUUGUUGCUUAUGUAGUUUCGAAUGACUUACAGAUCGAUACAGAAGAAAUUCGACAACACUGCAGCAAAUAUCUUCGUCAAUAUAUGGUACCAUCUAUAUUUAUUGUAUUGGAAAAGCUGCCAUUGAAUGCUAAUGGAAAAAUCGAUCGUAAGAACCUUCCCAUACCAGACUUUUCGGUUCUCGCAACGAUUGCUAAUGAUCGCAGAUACAUAGAACCAAUAGGAAAAGUCGAAAUACUUGUGCAUUCAUUGUGGUGUGAAAUACUGGGUCAUAGUCGAAUUUCGACGACUGCAAACUUUUUUAGCAUUGGUGGUCAUUCUCUUCUAUUUAUUCGAAUCUAUCAACAUUAUCGAACGUUAUUUAAUUUGGAUAAUGAAACAAUAAAUAUUCGAUCAUUCCUUGACCAUAAUACUAUAGCCGAACAUGCAAAACUACUAGAAAAUAUUAAGAUCAAUGAUCUUCAAGAAAAACAAUGGCACACCCUACAUAUUAAUCAAUGUACUGCAUCAUAUGCUCAAGAACGUAUAUAUCUUGAUGAGAAAAUGCGCUUUUCUGGGGAAAUUGCUAUUUACAAUGAACUGGUUGUCCUACAAAUUACAAAAGGUUCAUUAUCAGUGAAUCGCUUAUUGCAAGCACUUCGCUGUGUCCUAAGCAUACAUAAGAUGUUAAGAACUUCUCUAGUUUUCAAUGAUGAGAAUAAUAUUUUAAAACAAUCUAUUACUGAUAACCAUCUGACAUUUGCAUUGGCUGCCGAUCAAACAUUCAAAAAUCAAACUGAUCUUCACAACAUUAUUUCACAAACAAGUACUAGUUCUAAUCUGUUCGAUUUAUCAAGUGGUCGUGUUUUGUGUUGUCAAAUUCUCAGACAACAGAUGAUACCUGAUGAGAAUUAUGAUAAAGAAAUGAUUACAAAUUAUGAUGUUCUCGUUAUCGGCUUUCAUCAUGUUGCAAUUGAUCAAUCAAGUGUCUCAAUUUUUUUACAUGAUCUAUGUAAUACUUACAAUAGUAACAUGACGUGGUUAGAUGAUGAAGAAUCAUUACAAUAUAUUGAUUAUAGUAUUCAUGAGCGUCUAAUCGACAUGGCACCAUCUCGUAAGUUUUGGUGUUCUCAGUUAAAUGGAUACAACCAAGAAUGUCGAUUGACACUACCAGUAGAUCGGCAUAGCUUAUAUAGUGAUCAGCGAUCUGGAUAUGCUUCCAUUGCUCAUGUCUCAUUUGAUACUGAGAUUUCGAUAGCAUUUCUGGAUUAUGCAUCAUCACAUCAAGUCACACCAUUUCAACUAUGUCUAGCUACAUUCUAUGCAUUUCUUUUCAAGCUAACAUAUCGACAAAAUGAUCUAUGCAUUUCAUGUCUUAAUGCUAAUCGAUACAAACCUGAACUGCAGAAUUUAAUAGGAAUGUUUGUUUCAACACUACCAUAUCGUGUUCAAGUUGAUUCAAACUGGUCAUUUGAUGAACUUGUCGACCAUGUGCGAGAAAAAUGUAUAUCAGCUCUUGAACAUUCUCAUUAUCCACUACAGCAGAUUCUUACUGACUCACAGCUUAAACAGUCAAACGUUCCAUUUCUUGAAACAGGGUUCAAUUUUAUCACUAUCUCGGGAAACAGUCAAUGGUCUAUUGAUACAGCAACGUUGCAAGAAUUACCAAUACAACAAUCUUAUGGGGCUGCUAAAUUUGAUUUUGGAUUGACUACUCUUUAUAAUCCAAUAUCUGAUGAUAGUAAACUAUCAUUUUGUCUAAACUGCUCGCGUGAUCUAUUUGAUGAGACAACAGCUAUAAUCGUCGCUCAAAGAUUAAAACAUCUUGUCGAUCAACUUUUUUCAUCAAAAUCAAUUUCUGAUAAAAUUAAUCCAAGUCUUACAUCUAUUUCGAAACUUAGCUUAAUUUUACCGACAGAAGCUCAAGAAAUUAAAGAUACUGUCUUUUUUCGACAACAGAAUAUUAUCAAUGAAGUACCAGCAUCAUAUGCACAAGCUCGCAUUUGGUUUGAUGAACGAGUUCGAUUUAAUCCAGACAAAUCACAACUCGCAAUUUACAAUAUGCCUUUCCUCUACCGUCUUAAUAAAGAACACACUUUAUCAAUACAACAACUUCGACAGGCUCUUCAGCUGAUUGUCAGAAAACAUCAAUCAUUUCGUACAUUACUUAACUUUAAUGCAGAAAAAAAUUCAUUUUUGCAACAAAUUAUUGACAUUAAUGAUAAUCAUAAUAGAUUGUAUGCAUUCACCGAAAACACUUACGACACACAAGAGCAAGUCAAUGAUAUAAUGCAUGAAGAAAAACAUAAUCCUCUACUUUUUGAUCUUUCAAAGGGUCCCGUUUUUCGAUGUCAUCUUGUUUAUUACAAACAAAUCUCUUCAAAUCACCUUCUUUCUCACAGAGAUCUACUUAUUUUUAACUUCCAUCAUGCUUUGUUUGAUUUUCCAUCAAUGAAUAUCUUCCUUCAUGAUCUUAAUCAAGUGUAUAUAACAAAUCAACUACCAAACAACGAUGACGAUAUGCGUUAUAUCGAUUAUGCUGUUAUUGAACAACAAAUGUCAAUGACUGGUGCAAGUAUGUUUUGGCUUGAUGCUCUUCAUGAUUGUAAACUUGAUCAACCAUUAUCAUUACCAUUUGAUCGAUAUCGUCUUGCAAAUGAACACCGAACUGGUCGUGGAACAUCUCUUUCAUUUGAUUUUGGUCAAGAUCUCUCACAGGACUUUCUUAUUCAUGCAUUAUCAAAUAACAUAUCACUUGAACAUCUCACAUUUGCUAUUUAUUUCAUCUUUAUAUUUAAACUAACUAACGGCCAAACAGAUCUAUGUAUUACUAUGAACAUCAAUGAUCGAUAUAGAGAUGAACUCAAAUCAAUUAUUGGCUUGUUUGAGAAUGUCAUUCCGUUACGAUGUCAAUUAGAUCAACAUUGGUCUUUUCAUCAAUUACUCGAACAUGUUCAAGAGAUAACAACAAAUAGUAUGAAAUAUUCAUAUUUUCCACUUCAACGUAUUCUCAAUCAACAUCCACAUAUUUCAAAACAUGCAUUUUUGGAUACAUCUGUGGAAUUUAAAUCAUACAAGAGUAAUAAUGCCAUGAUGAUUGGUGAUUGUCAACUUAUUCCAGGAUCUUUCUCAUUCCAUACUAAUGAAGAUGAGAUAUUAAGUGUAUUGGACUUCUCCCUUUCAAUUCAUCAUGAUAUGAACAUGAAUCAACUGUCAUGCACAAUCAAUGCAUCACUUGACUUAUUCAAUAGAGAGACAACUGAAAAGAUUUCACAACGAUUUCAUUCUAUCUUACAUCAAUUAUCUGCAUCUAUUAUGGACAGUCAAAUAAACAAAUCAAUCUAUGAAUUAUCAUUAACAUUAUCAAAUGAACAAUACUUAAUGCAAUCAUUGAAUAAUACACAAACAUCAUUUUCAUCUCCUCUCACUUGUAUUCAUCAUGAGUUUGUACAACAAGUAAUGAAACAUCCACAAAAACUAGCUGUUGAACUAGAUGAACAAUCAUUGACAUAUUGUGAACUUUUAUAUUAUGUUCAAGUCUUAUCUUUAACUCUUCUCAAUGAAUAUCAUGUGCUUCCAGGUGAGAUAGUAUGUCAAUGUGUUGAGCGAAGUCUGUCCAUGGUGAUUGGUAUUAUGGGAAUUGAAAUGGCUGGUGGUGUUUAUUGUCCAUUAUCACCUCAUGAUCCUCAACAUCGUUUACAUGCACUCACAAAACAAACACAAAGUCGUCUUGUUCUUGUUCAUGAUUUAACUAAGACUAAAUUUGAUGAUGACAUUAUCUCACUUAAUAUUGAUUCAAUAUUAAAUGUUAAUGAUACAGAUAAGAAAGAUCUUUUUAGUGCGAUAAUGAAAGGUGAUGAGGUAGCCUACAUUAUUUUCACUAGUGGUUCAACUGGAACACCCAAAGCGGUUCAAGUUCGACAAAAAAACUUUAUUGAUUGUAUGCAUUCUUUAGUUUAUAUAAACUCAUUUAAUAAAGAUGAUACAGUUGUACAAAUGACACGAUGUUCAUUUGACAUUCAUGUUCAAGAGAUACUUGGUACAUUGCUGAUCGGAGGCUCAUUGAUUAUGCUUCAUCCAGGUGGAACGAUUGAUUUUGAUUAUCUAUCUGAAGUCAUACAGAACAAGCAAAUUACAUAUAUACAUACUGUUCCAAGCUUACUCCAUAGUUUUUUCAUUUUUAUUGAGCAGAACAAGAGCAUAAAUGCCGUGAAACAACUUCGAUCACUUUGUAGUAUCGGUGAAGCUUUUGUUAUUCAGCUGGUCGACUUGGUCGUAAAAAUUGGCAUAUCUGACUGUGAUGUGUGGAAUUUAUACGGCCCAGCUGAAACAACUAUAGUUUCUACCUUCUACAAAGUAGACCCAAUAGAGUACACACAAAGUGUUUCAAUAGGUGAACCACUUUCUAAUUACCGAUGUAUGAUUAUAAAUGAGUAUUUACAACAAUCAAUCACGAAUCAAGAAGGUGAACUGUUUGUGGGAGGUGCUGGUGUUUUUGCGGGUUAUCUUGGACGUGAUGAUUUAACUGCAAAAGCUCUUCUUGAGAUAGAUGGUAAAAUAUUUUAUCGAACAGGUGAUCUUGUUACAAUGGAUAACAGUGGUCUUCUUUAUUAUCAUGGAAGAAAAGAUCAUCAAAUCAAACUUCAUGGACAACGGAUUGAACUUGGUGAAAUUGAACGAUGUUUACUUAACAUUACAUCUAUCUCUGCUUGUGUUGUCAUGAAAUGGAAAGAUGAUCAUUUAGUUGCUUAUGUUCAAUCUUCUCAUAUCAAUGAAGAACAACUACGUCAACAUUGCCAAUUACACUUACCACCUCAUAUGAUUCCAUCAAAAUUCAUUAUACUUGACAAAUUACCUUUGAAUCUAAAUGGAAAAGUAGACAGAAAACAACUUCCGUCACCCGACUUUUCAUUAUUGACGUUAUUAUCGUUUGAUAAAUCUGAUACUCCUCGCAAUCAGUUAGAAGAACGUAUACAUACUAUUUGGUGUCAAGUUCUUCAUUCUAAUGAAAAUCACAUUCCCAGAGCUGCUAGUUUUUUUACUAUUGGUGGUCAUUCACUUCGCUUCAUUGAACUAUAUUAUCGUUACCAAUCAUUAUUCAAUUUCGGUGUUCACUCACUCUCGAUUGGUCUCUUUCUUCAGCAACCAACUAUUCAACAACAUGCACAACUACUUCAAACACUUCCAUCUAAUGAUACGCAGACCAUACGAUGGCAAUCAUUACAUAUCAAUCAAGGUAAAACAUCUUUAUAUUAA